AAACCGCAGCACCACCGGGGAAGUUCCAAUUUAAGAAAAUAUAGAAGAAAAAAAGAAAAAGAAUGUUAAAAGCGGGGAGUAGGAGUAGGAGGGUUGUGUUUGUAGUAGUAGUUGUGAUUGGUAUUAUUGUUGAUGGUUGGGGCUUCACCGUGGGGAAGGAACAGAGGGAAUUUGAUUACUUUGUAUUGGCUCUUCAAUGGCCUUCCACCUUAUGCAGAAACGUAACCGAAUGUUGCCCCACCAAUGCUUGCUACCGCCGAGCAGUCUCUGCCACAAAAUUCACAAUACAUGGGUUGUGGCCUAAGUACGAAGGGAAAGGAUGGCCUUCAUGUUGUACCAAUGCAACCUUUAACCAAACUCAGAUUGGUUCCCUGUUUGAAGAUGUUGACAAGUAUUGGCCAACCUAUAGGUGUGGUCUUGUAAGCAGUUGUGAUAAUAGAAAAGGAUCAUUUUGGGCUCAUCAGGUUCGUACUUUUCUACCGAAAAUUGUACUUCUAGUCCCUCAAUGCAAAUUAAUUUGGAUCUGGUUUUGA